AUGAACUCACCAAAUUUGAUUCUUUUAUCCAAGUCAAUGUUUUACGUCUCCAUUUACGAGGAAAAGUUAAAUCUUCAUCUUCAUCAUCCUGAUAAUACAAUAAUAAUAUUUCAACAAAAAUAUGAAAAAUUGAUUUUAGAACCAGAUGAAUUUAAUAGAAUUCUAGAAGAAUCCGAAUCAGCAUUAAAAGGUUUCUUUAAUCAACUUUAUGCUGGAAUAAAUCCAAGGGAUAAAGCUGAAAUUGGAUAUAUGUUGGAUAGUGCAGGAACAUCAUCCUCAGCAAUUGGAACAUUUGCAAGUGCAGGUAUAAGUGUUAGGCGUGAGACAGUAAUGAGGCAUAAAAAAAAACAAGAAAAUGCUCAUGAUGAUACAGUUAGUUCCUUUGUGCUAAAACAU